AUGUUUCCAAACAAGAAGUCAACAGCCGUGACCACUGGCCACAAAGCACAACGACUGAUGAUUUCUAGUCAAACAGAAGCUAUAGCUUCAUCUGCUCAACAGCGUAUCUACAUGGAUGAUAAACUUUAUUUUAGUGCCUCUGAGUUGUCUAUCUACAAUAUUACGGUACCAUUGCAGAUCAAACGAGGUUCAGUGUCUAUAGAACAUAUUCGUUCAUCCUUAGUAUCAAUGAUACAGCAGCAUACAGUUCUUCGCACUGCCGUUCGUUUCAGUCCAACACUUAAUCAAAUCGAGCAAAAUAUUCAACCAUUCACCGACGAUAUCUAUUCUUUUCAACACUCUCGAGGUGUUUCCACAUUGGAACAACUUGACCAUCUACUGAAAAAUGAAAGAAUUGGAAAAUAUUUCGAUGUUGAAAAUGGAAAAGUUUUACGAUGUCAUGCAGUACAACGAUCUCCCGAGAAUCGUGGUGAUUUACUACACGAAAGUGAUCUGAUUAUUUUUGUGAUUCACCAUAUCGCAUUUGAUCUCGGCUCAACCAAACCAUUUCUGAAAGCCUUUGAACUAGCAUGCUGGACAAAUGAAUAUCACCAACCAGUGUUAACAGUUCCACAAUACAUUGACUUUGCAUUGUACGAACAAACACUGCUAGCAGACACAAAUGCAGAGUCAAAGAUGAACAAGGCUCGUCGCUUUUGGGCUAAUCUUAUGCAUGGAUACAACUGGGAUAAAAUACGAUAUUUGGUGCCCAGUGAAGGUCGAACUGAUCGACUUGAUUCUGGUCGUGGUUAUACAACUGCAUUUACUAUCGAUCAAGAUGUUGUUGAUGCAAUGAUGUUAUUUGCUUCAACCAACAACGUGACAAUGUUUUCAUUGUCUCUUGCCUGUUACUAUGCAUUCUUAUUUAAACUAACUAACCAUAAUGAUGACUUGUGUGUAGUAAGCAGUGCAGCCAAUCGAUCUGAGAAAGAGUUACAAGACAUGAUUGGUAUGUUCGUCAAUCUUCUAUUAUACCGAGUCAAAAUUGAAUCAAAUAAUACAUUUAAACAUCUUGUGGAACAAGUACAACAGCUAAGCAAUGAAAUCCUCGUACAUAGUUCCUUACCUUAUCAACAAAUUAUUGAUUCCCAAGGCACACAAAAAAACAAUGCAUUACCUUCAAUGUUUUUCCAGUAUGAACCUUUAAUAUUAUCAAUUACACAGAAAAACUCAAUCGAAUUAAAUCUGAGCGAAGGUUCAGUUGUAAGCGCACCAGCUUCCUAUGCACAAGCUCGUAUAUGGUUUGACAAAAGAAUUCGAUUCGAUCCAGACAAACCACAAAUAGCAAUCUAUGAUAUGCCUUUUGUUUAUCAUUUGCAACCAGGUCAUACUUUAUCAAUAAAACGAUUACUUCAUGCUCUCCAACUAAUUGUCCCAAAACAUCAAUCACUUCAUACAUCACUUGUCUUUGAUACGAAAAAGAACCAAGUUAUACAAAGAAUCGUUGAUAUGAACGAUAAUAAUAGACAACUAUUUACAUUUAUUCAAAGCACUUAUGAAACAGAUGAACAGCUGAAUCAAAUCUUACACGACCAGAGACGUAAUCCGCACCUUUUUGAUCUUGCUCAAGGUCUUGUCUUUCGAUGUCAUCUUGUUUACUACCAACAAAUCUCUUCAAAUGAUAUACUUUCCGAUAAAGAUCUACUGAUUUUCAAUUUUCAUCAUGCUCAAUUUGAUUUUCCGUCGAUGGAAGUGUUUCUUCGUGAUCUUAAUCAAGCAUAUACAACAGGUCAAUUAUCAUAUGAUGACAACACUACUCUACGUUAUAUCGAUUAUGCUGUUAUUGAACAACAAAUGUCAAUGACUGGUGCAAGUAUGUUUUGGCUUGAUGCUCUACAUGAUUGUAAACUUGAUCAACCUUUGUCAUUACCAUAUGAUCGAUAUCGUCUCUCGAAUGAACAUCGAACUGGUCGUGGAACAUCAGUUUCUUUUGAUUUUGGUCAAGAUCUCUCACAUGACUUUCUCAUCCAUGCAUCAUCAAACAACAUCUCACUUGAACAUCUCACAUUUGCUAUUUAUUUCAUUUUUCUAUUUAAAUUAACUAAUGGACAAACAGAUCUAUGUAUUGCUAUGAACAUCAAUAAUAAUCGAUAUAGAGAUGAGUUCAAAUCAAUCAUUGGGUUGUUUGAGAAUGUGAUUCCAUUACGAUGUCAAUUAGAUCCUCACUGGUGUUUUCAUCAAUUACUUGAACAUGUUCGAGAGAUGACAACAAAUAGUAUGAAAUAUUCAUAUUUUCCUCUUCAACGUAUUCUCAAUCGACAUCCACAUAUUUCAAAAUAUGCAUUUUUGGACAUAUCUCUAGACUUUAUAUCAUACACGAGCAACAAUGACAACAAUGCAAUGAUGAUUGGUGAUUCUCAACUAGUUCCGGGAUCAUGCUCAUUCGAUAUGCAUGAAGCUAAGAUAUUAAGUCAAUCCGACUUCUCUCUUUCAAUUCACCAUAAUAUAAACAUCAAUCAACUUUCAUGCACUAUCAAUGGAUCACUUGACUUGUUCAAUAGAGGGGCAGUGGAGAAAAUUUCACAAAGAUUUCAUUCCAUUUUACAUCAAUUAUCUACAUCUAUUAUUGAUAAUCAAAUGAACAAACCUAUCUAUAAAUUAUCAUUAAUAUUAUCAAAUGAACAAUUACUUUUACAAUCAUUAAAUAAUACACAAAUAUCAUUUUCAUCUCCUCGCACUUGUAUUCAUCAUGAAUUUGUAUAUCAAGUAAUAAAACAUCCACAAAAAUUAGCAGUUGAACUAGAUGAACAAUCAUUGUCAUAUUGUGAACUUCUAUAUUAUGUUCAAGUCUUAUCUUUCACUCUUCUUAAUGACUAUCUUAUUGCUCCAGGUAAGAUCGUAUGUCAAUGUGUUGAGCGAAGUUUGUCAAUGGUGAUUGGUAUUAUGGGAAUUGAAAUGGCUGGUGGUGUUUAUUGUCCGUUGUCACCUCGAGAUCCACAACAUCGUUUGUAUGCACUCACACAACAAACACGAAGUCGUCUUGUACUUGUUCAUCAUAAAACUCAGACUAAGUUUCAUCCUAAUAUUGUAUUACUUGAUAUCGAUUUAAUAGUGUCGGAUAGUGAGAGAGGAGAUAACAGUAAUACUGAUGGACUAUCAAAUGUUUUAGUAGUAGCGGAAGAUAUGGCUUACAUCAUCUUCACAAGUGGUUCAACAGGAACACCGAAAGCAGCUCAAGUGCGACGUCGGAAUUUCAAUCGGUACAUGUAUUCAUUAGUAUGUGGUGAUGUAUUGAAGGAGAAAGAUACAAUUAUGCAAAUAUCCCGUUGUUCAUUUGAUACACAUGUCCAAGAUAUAAUGGGCACAUUAAUAAUUGGAGCUACACUUGUAAUGUUACAUCCAGGAGGAAUUAUUGAUCUACCGUAUCUUGCUGAUGUCAUCAAAAAGAAGAAUGUUACGUGCUUUACUAGUGUACCAACUAUUCUUCAGCAUUUGUUCAGUUUUCUAAAACACUCUAAUGAUAGCUCAUACUCAACAAGUCUACGAUGCGUUUGUACUGGAGGGGAAAUAUGUUCUGUCAAUCUGGUUAACUUAAUUUUAAGUUCACUCACAGAUCACUGUGAACUGUGGAACUUUUACGGUCCAGCUGAAGCAACUAUAGUUUGUACCUAUCAUAGAGUUAAUCUCGUGGAUAACAUCCAAAGCAUAUCAAUUGGUAAACCACUUUCCAAUUACCGAUGUAUGAUUAUGAGCGAAUAUUUACAAUCAUCUGUUACUGAUGAAGAAGGUGAAUUGUGUGUAGGAGGACUCGGCGUCUUUGCUGGUUAUCUUGGUCGUGAUGAUUUAACUGCAAAAGCUCU